AUGUCACGAGCACCAUCGGACAAAGAUGCCACCGCAUUUAAGGCGGCCAUGAACAUGUACGAGGCCAAAAACUACAAGAAUGCUCUUGUGGAAGUCGACAAGAUCUUGAAACGCAGCCCUACGUAUGGCGAUGCUCUGUGUCUGAAGGCGUUGGUUGUUUACCAUCUAGAUCGACGAGACGAAUGCCUGCAGUUGGUUCUGAAGGGCACUAAAGAGGCCCCAAAUAGCGCUGUUGCUUGGCAUAUGGCUGGUAUCUACUAUAAGCUGGUCAAGAACUAUCCUGAUGCCUUUAAGGCUUAUUUGAAGAGCUUCCGUUUGAAAGGCGACAACAUCAGUGUGCACCACGAUCUGUCUAUGCUGGCUAUACAACAGCGUCAACUCGGGCCUCUGGACGAAGUUCGCCGCACUAUGCUCUCAGGUGGGUUAACCAUUCAUUUAGUUUGGAUCAAUCUGGCUGUGGCACAGUACUUGUUACGUGAAUACUCUCUUGCCAUCGCGACCCUGGACCUGUUUGGUAAACUGAUGGACAUUGAGGCCCAGCAGGAACCCAGUGGCCAAAAGGCCCCUCUUGCUAUCCAAAUUGAGCGCAGUGAAAUGCUCCUGUUCCAAAAUCUGUGUUUUGAAAAAAAAGGCGACUACAAGGCCGCUCUUGACGAUCUUGAAAAGAAUAAGGCCCAGAUCCGCGAUAAACUUGCUUACCAGGAGAAGCGUGCAUGGUAUUUGGCCAAGCUUGGUCGUAAAUCCGACGCGGUUCAAGCCUACCGUGAUCUCAUCAAGCGCAACCCUAACAACGCCUCCUACUAUGCGAACUUGGAAGCGAUCCUUGAAAUUACUGGCUCUAAAAGUCAGCGCGCGACAUUUUAUCGCUCUUUGGCUAAAAAGUAUCCGACUGCUGAAGUCCCCAAACUUGUUCCCUUGUCGUUUUUACAGGGCGAUGAGCUGCAUGCUCAUCUCAAAGACUAUGUUGCCGCCAAACUGAAGCGGGGCGUGCCUUCAUGCUUUGCAUUUGUCAAAGAUGUUUACCGUACCAACUACGAUAUCUCCUUGAAAGUUGGUGAUGAAAUCGCAGCUGAGUCGGAUCCGGAAGACGCCGAGCUUCAGACCGUCCGGGCCAUCUUCAUUGCCCGUCACCUCUCAUAUACUAACCGUCAUUCCGAGGCAUUGAAGGUUAUUGAGAAUGCCAAACUUCCUGAGAUGGCCGAGCUUGUUCUUGCCCAAGCCAAGGUGCUGUCUCGUCAAGGAGAUUUUGCAACCGCCGCUCUAAUUCUCGAGAAAGCCGCUAACCGUGAACCGGGUGAUCGUUUCUUGAAUGCCAAAGCUGCCAAGUAUGCUCUCAAGGCCAAUGAUGUGGCCAAGAGUGUUGAAAUUGCUUCAAUUUUCCCCAUCGCCGGUAUGCACACUCUUGAUGGUAUCAAGCAUCUGACGGAGCUUGAAUCUGUUGACUACCUUGCUCCCUUGGCAGCUGCCUAUUCGCGUGUCGCUGACCAUGGAAUGGCGCUCAAGCGUGCCGAAGGAGUGGUAUCUGUAUUCGAUACCUACUGGAAAGACCAGUAUGAUUUCCAUUACUACGGACCCCGUCGCGGAAGCGUCCGGGCAUAUUUGGACUUGCUGCAGUGGGAAGACUCGCUCUAUUGCCACCCCCGUUAUUUACAGGCUGUCGAGGUAGCGGUUAAAGAGUACAUUGCCCUGGCGACUGGCGAGGACGACGGCGUAGACGCUGAGACCAAGGCUAAGCUUAAAACCAAGCGGGCUAAUUACAUCAAGAAAAUGGAAUCUGAGCCUCCAUUUACUCCCAAGGGAUUCGAUAAACCUGAGGAACGUGAUAGCGAUCCUUUUGGCCGCGAGUUCCUCGACAAAAAGGCGCCCCUGGACGAAGCCCUGCGGCUGUGGCAACCCCUUGAGCAGGCACGUCCCACCGAUAUUAAAACAUGGCAGCUUGCAUUUGAAAUCUACCUUGCACAGAACAAGUAUGUGUUGGCCAUCCAGUCGCUCAAGAAAGCCAAAGAUCUAGGUGCACCCUCAUCGUAUCUUGCAUAUGCGGGCGCCAAAGCCCGACACCAAUUGGAAUUGGAUGAGACUGCCCUUGAGGUCAUUCGUAACCUGCAAUUGAAAAUGUUGCCUGCCAUUGCUCCCGAAGCUGUCGUCACUAUGGGCCUUGUUGAGUUUGUUGAUAAAUACGUCGCUCGUGAGCGUCUUCUAUGGGCAGACGCCCGCCACUUUUUGGGCAAAACGGACACGAUCGUCAGCGUUCUUGCCACUGAGAUUGCUGGUGACAUCGAUCAGUGCACACAGGCGGCCCUUCAGCUGGCUAAAUGGCGGCUGGACUCUACGGAAUUCAACAAAGCAGUCAAGGCCAAGUGGCCGAGAGCAAGCUUUUUAAAAUAG